AUGUUGCUUGUUUUUAACAGAAUUCAUACAGUAGAAAACCUCCGUGAAAGUAAUGAAGGCAAUCCGUGUGGGAAAACCUUCAGGCGGAUUCCAAAUCUUACCGUGCAGAAAAGAAAUCCUGCAGAAGUAAAUCCUUUUGAAUGCUUUGACUGUGAAAAAGCCAUCAUGGAUCCCUCAUCACAUAACCACCAUACCUGUCAGUUUAUUACAUCUAGAGAAGCCUGUGGUGGUACCACUCCUAUGAGAACUCUUAGUGGAAAGAAACCCCAUAAGUGUGAGGUAUGUGGAAAGGAUUUCAUUUGUAUCUCAACUCUUAAGAAUCCUGUGACAACACUCACUAGUGACAAUCAGUAUAAAUGUGAUGAGUAUGGGAAAGAUUUCUGUAGUUUCUCGUCCUUUUGGACACAUGUGAGAGGUCAUAAGGGUGAAUGUAAAGAAAGUUCUUCUAGUGACCCUUUAUCCCUCCUUUUCUAUAACAGAGAUAAGCCUUAUGAAUGUAGGGAAUUUAGAAAAGCCUUUAAUUUUUCCUCAGCCCUCACUGCACAUUUAGGCACUCACAGUGAAGAGAGGCCUUAUGAAUGUAAGGAACAUGGGAAAGCCUUUGGUUGGCCCUCAUACCUCACUACACAUAUAACAACUCACACUGGAGAGAGGCCUUAUGAAUGUAAUGAAUGUGGGAAAGACUUUAGGCAAUCCUCAAACCUCAUUGUACAUAGAAGGAUUCAAAGUGGAGAAAGACCUUAUGAAUGUAAGGAAUAUGGAAAAGCCUUUAAGUCUUCCUCACAUCUCACUAAUGAUAGAAAAACUCACAGUGGAGACAAGCCAUAUAAAUGUACAGAAUGUGGGAAAGCCUUUAGUCAGGCUUCAUCCGUUACUGCACAUAUAAGAACUCACAAUGGACAGAGGCCUUAUGAAUGUAAGGAAUGUGGGAAAACAUUUAGGUAUUCUUCUAACUUCACUUCACAUAUAAGAACUCACAGUGGAGAGAAGCCUUAUGAAUGUAAGCAAUGUGGGAAAGCCUUUAGGCAGUCCUCAGCCCUCAUGACACAUAGAAGAAUUCAUACUGGAGAGAGGCCAUAUGAAUGUAAGGAAUGUGGGAAAGCCUUUCGUCAGCUCUCAAACCUCACUACACAUAUAAGAAUUCACAGUGGAGAGAAGCCUUAUGAAUGUAAGCAAUGUGGGAAAGCCUUUAGGCAGUCCUCAGGCCUCAUGACACAUAGAAGAAUUCAUACUGGAGAGAGGCCAUAUGAAUGUAAGGAAUGUGGGAAAGCCUUUACAGAGCCCUCACAGCUCACCUCGCAUAUGCGAACUCACAGUGGAGAGAGACCUUAUGAAUGUGAGGAAUGUGGGAAAGCCUUUAGUCACUCAGGAAACUUCACUAACCAUAUAAGAACUCACAAUGGGCAGAGGCCUUAUGAAUGUAAGGAAUGUGGGAAAGCCUUUCGUCACCUCUCAAACCUCACUACACAUAUAACAAUUCACAGUGGAGAGAAGCCUUAUGAAUGUAAGCAAUGUGGGAAAACCUUUAGGCAGGCCUCAGGCCUCAUGACACAUAGAAGAAUUCAUACUGGAGAGAGGCCAUAUCAAUGCAAGGAAUGUGGGAAAGCCUUUAGUUAUUCUUCAGCGAUGGCUUCACAUAGGAGAGCUCAUACUGGUGUCAGGCCUUAUGAAUGUAAGGAAUGUGGGAAAACGUUUAGUCAGGCUUCAUCCCUUACUACACAUAUCAGAACUCACAAUGGACAGAGGCCUUACGAAUGUAAGGAAUGUGGGAAAACAUUUAGGUAUUCUUCUAACUUCACUUCACAUAUAAGAACUUACAGUGGAGAGAAGCCUUAUGAAUGUAAGCAAUGUGGGAAAGCCUUUAGGCAGUCCUCAGGCCUCAUGACACAUAGAAGAAUUCAUACUGGAGAGAGGCCAUAUGAAUGUAAGGAAUGUGGGAAAGCCUUUACAGAUCCCUCACACCUCACCUUGCAUAUGCGAACUCACAGUGGAGAGAGGCCUUAUGAAUGUGAGGAAUGUGGGAAAGCCUUUAGUCACUCAGGAAACCUCACUAAGCAUAUAAGAACUCACACUGGGCAGAGGCCUUAUGAAUGUAAGGAAUGUGGGAAAGCCUUUAGUCUGCUCUCUACCCUCACUACACAUAUAACAAUUCACAGUGGAGAGAAGCCUUAUGAAUGUAAGCAAUGUGGAAAAGCCUUUAGCAAGUCCUCAGGCCUCAUGACACAUAGAAGAAUUCAUACUGGAGAGAGGCCAUAUGAAUGUAAGGAAUGUGAGAAAGCCUUUAGUCACUCAGGAAACCUCGCUAACCAUAUAAGAAGUCACAAUGGGCAGAGGCCUUAUGAAUGUAAGGAAUGUGGGAAAGCCUAUCGUCAGCUCUCAAACCUCACUACACAUAUAAGAACUCACAGUGGAGAGAAGCCUUAUGAAUGUAAGCAAUGUGGGAAAGCCUUUAGGCAGUCCUCAGUCCUCAUGACACAUAGAAGAAUUCAUACUGGAGAGAGGCCAUAUGAAUCUAAAGAAUCCAUGGACACAUGUGUCCAGCACGGGACACUGGCGAUGUCUCUGACAGGAAGACUCACUGUAGAGAAACGUCUGCAGGGCUCCCUUUAUGCCUUUGUUCCCCAAGUUGUAGAUGAAAGGCUUUGCCAUGGAAGCGACCACCGUGUACAGAACGGCAAACACCCGUGCAGAAACACUUCCUUGACGUGGAACCAAGAAACCACACAGCGCUUCCAGUAUUUCUCUUCCCGGGACUUCCUGUCCAUGUACCUGACCACUGUAUGCGGGAACUUGCUCAUCUUCCUGGCUGUCCCCUUGGACUGUCAUCUCCACAUGCCUAUGAACUUCUUCUUCUCCAACCUGUCCUUUUCUGACGUCCCAAAGAUGCUGCUGAACAUCCAGAUGGAGAACAGUUGUCUCCUAUGUGGGCUACAUCACACGCAUGGGCCUUUUCAGUUUUUGGACUUUUAG